AUGAGUUAUCCCGGUGCAGCUCCGCCUCCUGAAGGCGUUAUCCCUGACCUUGCUCACCCGCAAGAUGUCCUGAGGACUGUGAAUUAUGUCACACAAGGCUUGACAAUCUUCUUUGUCUCCAUCUUUGUUGCCAUACGAUUCUAUGCGAAAACCAGAGUGCUGGGAGGCAGUUUUACACCAGACGACUAUGCGACCUACGCGGCUUAUGUGCUUAUGUUGGGAUACUGUAUCACUGCAUGCUUUGCCGGGGCACAUGGCGGAGGCCUGAAUAUAUGGGAAGUGCCAAAGGAAGAGGUUGAGAAAUACUUUCAGGUAACAACCGCAUCCUUCAGCAUCUUGCGUGGAAAGCUAACGUCUGGUUCAAAGUCUUGCUAUGCCGCCACCAUCUUCUAUGCCCCGAUGGCCAUGACCGUCAAGCUGGCCCUGCUCGUCAUCAUCAUCCGUGUCUUUGGAUCCGUCCACCGGCGAACCCUGAUCGGAAUCUACAUCUUCAUUGGCAUGAUUGUCGCAUACUAUGUCUCCGGCUUCUUCAUCAAAAUCUUCAUCUGCUGGCCCAUUAGCGCGUAUUGGACAGGAGAUGCCAGCAAAUGCAUGAACCAGAGCGCCAUUGUCACGGCCGACUCCAUCAUCAGCGUCAUCAGCGACUUGGCCAUCCUGCUGCUUCCGACACCCCUUACCUGGUCGCUCCAACUGCCUCGACGAAAGCGCCUUCGCGUUACUGGACUGUUGUGUGCUGGAGGAGUUGCUACGGGAUUUAGCAUUUACAGAUUGGCCAUGAUUGUUGACCAACGAAACUCUACCAAUAUGACCAUGGUUUUCAUCAAGGUUAUUCUGUCAGGAAACGCCGAAGCGGGCAUUGGCUUGAUAUGCGCCUGUCUCCCGGCCGUCAGCGCCCUCUACGUCCAACGCACCCGCGGUUCUUCAUACUUUAAAAACCCUGGCCACUCCAGCGUCACCGGCCGCGGCGAAAUCAUGCUGACGCGAUCAUAUCACGUCGACCGAUCGGCCGUGGACAAGGACGUGGACGAGAGCGCCCUCGAGCUGGGCCACGACGAGACAGGACUCGUGUCUAACAUGGAGGCCCAGGUCAAAGCCAAUGCUGCGGAGAGCCACCACUCCAACCGAUCCGAGGAGACGCUAUGA